AUGAGCUGCAACCUCGUAAGUGUAAAGUGUAUGGCUACCUUCAGAGGAAGCUUUGUGGCUUGUAUGGCAUCAGUCGCAGUCGCGUCUACGCUAAGUCUGAAAGCUAUUUAUAACGUUACGCUGAAAGUCGUAGGGUUCGCAUCCUCCUCCCGCAGCAUAACAAAGGCCAGAACUGACAGUAAAGUGUUUUCAGGAUUCUGCUCAUCGUUCGGGCUUCUACUCAUCCUGUCCUUCCAGAAUGUUCCCUACGUUGGCGGUUUCCCCAAUGUGCCCCUGUUCAGCCUCUUGACAAAUGCUGUCAAUAGGGCCCAGUACCUUCACAUGUUGGCUGCCGAUAUACACAAAGAUUAUGAAAGAACAUAUAUUACAGAAGAUCUGAGACGUUCAAUGAAGAACACCCAAGUGGUGUCUUGUUACUCCGAAAACAUUCCCGCUCCGACAGACAAGGACAACACUCACCAAAAGUCUGACAUGGACCUUUUGCGGUACUCACUGACCCUCAUUCAGUCUUGGUUGAACCCAGUGCAAGCCCUUCACAGGCUGUUCCGGAAUUCUGAUGUUUACGAGAGACUGAAGUACCUCGAGGAAGGCAUCCAGUCUCUGAUCCGGGAAUUGGAAGAUGGAAACUUCCGCAGCUACACCUUUAUGAGAACACCAUAUGAGAGGUUGGACAUCAACAUGCGGACCGACGACGGCCUGUUAAAAGUCUAUGGCCUUCUGUCUUGUUUCAAGAAAGACAUGCACAAAGUAGAGACCUACAUGAAAGUCAUGAAGUGCCGACACUUUGCAGAAAGCAAGUGUGCAAUUUAAGCGCGAGUUUGCCACAUCCCCUUACCUGCCAGAAAUCUACAAAACACAGCUCUAUGGUAUAACUGCCUCUCACAGCAGGAAAGGGGAUGGGAUAAAGAUUUAUACUAGAUUAAGUUCACCCUGUCUUCAGAGUAAUAAAAAAAAUAAAGAUUCUCUCAGAGAUGGCUUUUGCUUUUCGUGCUGCUAAAAUCUUUGUAAAUGAGGACUUAUUAUGUGAUGCUAAAUAAAGAUGCAUUUACAGGUA